UCCCGGCAUGCCCCGCGCGCUGCCUCAGCCUGACUAGAAUCGGAGACGCCGCCGCCGCCACCGCCGCUGCGAGGAGGAGAAGAAGAAGGAGGAGCAGCAGCAGCAGCCGUCGUCUUUCCGCCGCGCCUGAGGGGAAAAAAAAAAUCCCGCCCUCUCGUCUUCCGCCCUUCGGGGGGUCCCCCUCCGUGUGUGUGUGUGUGUGUGUGUGUCGGCCGCCCCGCCCUCUCCCCGCGCCGCUUCCCCCCCCCCCCCCCGCCCCCCCCCCGGCCGGCCAUGCCGUCUCGGGCAAGGUAAUGAGCCGCAGAGCCCCGGGGUCUCGGCUGAGCGGCGCUUCGUCCUCCGGCGGCGGCGGCACCAGCAGCAGCAGCAGGCAACACUAUCACCCGCGGAGCUGGAAUGACUGGCAACCCAGAAGUGACAAUCAAUCAGCUGACCAAGAGAAUUUAAAAUACUCUUCAUCCAGAGACCGGAGUAGUUCUUCCUCCUAUGGAUUACAACCUUCAAAUUCAACGGUGGUGUCUCGACAUAGGCAUGAUGAUAUCAGAGUCUCCACUGACCUCCAGAAUGAAGAAAAAGGUGGCUACAGUGUCAAUGGAGGAUCUGGGGAAAAUACUUAUGGUCGGAAGUCGUUGGGGCAAGAGCUGAGAGUUAACAAUGUGACCAAUUCUGAUUUUACCAGUGUUCAGCAUGGGAAUCGUGCUUUAGUCACAAAAGACAUGAGGAAAACACAGGAGCGAUCAUUGUCUUACUCUGAUGAGUCUCGACUGUCAAAUCUUCUUCGGAGGAUUACUCGGGAAGAUGACAGAGAUCGAAGACUGACUACUCUAAAGCAACUGAAAGAGUUUAUUCAGCAACCAGAGAACAAACUGGUACUUGUUAAACAACUGGAUAAUAUCUUGACCGCUAUACACGAUGUGCUUAAUGAAAGUAGCAAAUUGCUUCAAGAAUUGAGACAGGAAGGGGCUUGCUGUCUUGGCCUUCUUUGCGCUUCUUUGAGCUAUGAAGCUGAGAAGAUCUUUAAAUGGAUUUUUAGCAAAUUUAGUUCCUCCACUAAAGAUGAAGUUAAACUGCUUUAUUUGUGUGCAAGUUACAAGGCGUUGGAGACUGUGGGAGAGAAGAAAGCCUUUUCAUCCGUAAUGCAACUCGUCAUGACUAGCCUGCAGUCUAUCCUAGAGAAUGUGGAUACCCCCGAAUUGCUGUGUAAAUGUGUCAAGUGCAUCCUUCUUGUGUCUCGUUGUUAUCCUCACAUUUUCAGCACGAAUUUUAGGGACACAGUUGACAUAUUAGUUGGGUGGCAUAUUGAUCACACUCAAAAACCUUCUCUGACCCAGCAAGUCUCAGGAUGGUUACAGAGUUUGGAACCAUUUUGGGUAGCUGACCUGGCCUUUUCUACCACACUCCUGGGUCAGUUUCUAGAGGAUAUGGAAGCUUAUGCUGAGGACCUCGGCCAUGUCGCUUCCGGAGAGUCUGUUGAUGAAGAUAUUCCUCCUCCGUCCGUUUCACUGCCCAAACUGGCAGCUCUGCUUCGCGUAUUCAGUACCGUGGUGAGGAGUAUUGGGGAGCGGUUCAGUCCCAUCCGAGGGCCGCCGAUCACCGAAGGAUAUGUAACCGAUGUGUUGUACAGAGUAAUGAGAUGUGUGACAGCCGCCAACCAGGUCUUUUUUUCUGAGGCGGUAUUGACUGCUGCCAAUGAGUGUGUCGGUGUCCUGCUUGGCAGUCUGGAUCCCAGCAUGAAUAUACAUUGCGAUAUGAUCAUCACUUAUGGAUUAGAUCAACUUGAAAAUUGUCAGAUUUGUGGUACUGAUUAUAUCAUCUCGGUGUUGAACUUAUUGAUGCUGAUUGUUGAACAAAUAAAUACAAAACUUCCAUCAUCAUUUAUAGAGAAAUUGUUUAUACCAGAAUCUAAGCUUCUUACGCUCCGCUACCAUAAGGAAAAAGAGGUGGUUGCUGCUGCACACGCUGUAUAUCAAGCCGUGCUAAGCUUAAAGAACAUUCCCGUUUUGGAAACAGCCUACAAGUUGAUUCUGGGCGAAAUGGCAUGCGCCUUGAACAGCCUCCUUUGCAGCCUGCAGCUUCCCCAAGCUUGUUCGGAAAUUCUCCACGAUGCUUUCAAGAACCACAUUUUUGAUGUGGCCAAUGCAAAGUUUGUGGUCAUAUUUGAUCUCAGUGCGCUGACUACAAUUGGAAAUGCCAAAAAUUCGUUGAUUGGGAUGUGGGCUCUGUCCCCAACGGUCUUCGCUUUGCUGAGCAAGAAUUUGAUGGUUGCCCACGGUGACAUAGCCGUUCACUUUCCAGCUGUCCAGUAUGCAGUGCUGUACACCCUGUAUUCACACUGCACCAGGCAUGACCACUUCAUAUCUAGCAGUCUCAGCUCCUCGUCACCUUCUUUAUUUGAUGGGGCUGUCAUAAGCACUGUGACCACAGCUACAAAGAAACAUUUCUCUAUCAUUGUAAACCUUCUGGGACUUUUACUUAAAAAGGAUAACCUGACCCAUGAUACCAGGAAAUUGCUCAUGACUUGGGCUUUGGAAGUAGCUGUUCUGAUGAAGAAAUCGGAGACCUAUGCGCCCUUGUUCUCUCUCCCCUCCUUCCAUAAGUUUUGCAAAGGACUUCUGGCAAACACUCUCUUGGAAGAUGUUAACAUUUGUCUCCAAGCAUGCAACAGCCUUCAUGCUUUGUCAUCCUCUCUCCCAGAAGACUUACUCCAGAGGUGUGUCGACGUAUGCCGCGUUCAACUGGUCCACAGUGUUGCUCGGAUAAGGCAAGCAUUUGGAAAGCUCUUAAAGUCUAUUCCUUUGGAUGUCAUACUAAGCAAUCACCACCAUGCAGAAAUCCAAGAAAUCUCCCUAGCCAUUCGAGGACACAUGAGCAAAACUCCAAGCAACACAUUUCACCCACAAGACUUUUCUGAUAUCAUCAGUUUCAUCCUGUAUGGAAGUUCUCACCGAACAGGGAAAGAGAGCUGGCUAGAAAGGUUAUUUUAUAGCUGCCAAAGAUUGGACAAACACGAUCAGUCCAGUAUCCCACGCAAUUUAUUGAAAACAGAGGCUGUCCUUUGGCAGUGGGCUAUUUGGGAAGCAGCCCAAUUUACGGUCCUUUCAAAGUUAAGAACACCCCUAGGCAGAGCUCAGGACACGUUCCAGACUAUUGAAGGUAUCAUUAGAAGCCUUGCGGCUCACACCUUGAAUCCGGAUCAAGACGUCAGCCAGUGGACUACAGCUGACAAUGACGAAGGUCACAGCAGCAACCAACUGCGGCUGGUUCUGCUCCUUCAGUACUUGGAGAACUUGGAGAAACUGAUGUAUAACGCUUAUGAAGGGUGCGCCAAUGCUCUUACGUCGCCACCAAAGGUAAUCAGGACCUUCUUCUACACAAACCGCCAGACUUGCCAAGAUUGGUUAACUCGUAUUCGACUUUCCAUCAUGCGCGUUGGGUUAUUGGCUGGGCAGCCCGCCGUCACUGUCCGUCAUGGCUUUGAUUUGCUGACAGAAAUGAAGACUAAUAAUAUAUCUCAGGGAAAUGAAUUAGAAGUAACUAUCAUGAUGGUCGUUGAAGCCCUCUGUGAACUUCAUUGCCCCGAAGCCAUUCAAGGUAUAGCUGUCUGGUCUUCGGCUAUAGUUGGCAAAAACCUCACCUGGAUUAAUUCUGUAGCUCAGCAGGCUGAAGGACGGUUUGAAAAGGCAGCCAUUGAGUACCAGGAGCAUCUCUCUGCCAUGACGGGGGUCGAUUGCUGUGUCGCCGGUUUCGAUAAAGCUGUCCUCAAGUUGGCUAAUUUGAACAGUGGCAAUAAUGCCAGCCCGAAACACUCCCUAAAUGGAGAUUCGCGGAAGAUGGUGCUGACUAAGCCGGGGGAUUCCUCCCCUGAAGUCAUCAACUACCUGGGGAACAAAGCUUGCGAGUGUUACAUCUCCAUCGCUGACUGGUCUUCGGUGCAGGAAUGGCAGAAUGCGGUGCAUGACUUGAAAAAAAACAGCAGCAGUGGCUCAGUAAAUUUAAAAGCAGACUUCAACUACAUCAAGUCCCUGAGCAGCUUUGGAGGUGGAGAACUUGCCGAAUGUACAGAACAACUAGAGCUGCUUCCUGGGGAGGACAUCAACCUGCUUAUUGGAGGGGCCAAAGAAAAAAUAGAUAUGAAGAAGCUCCUUCCAAACGUGUUGUCUCCCGAUCCCAGAGAACUUCAAAAAGCCAUCGAGGUUCAGUUGUUGAGAAGCUCCGUCUGUUUGGCAACAGCCGUAGGCUACCUCGACCAGGACCAGAAAUGGCAGCCCAUGACAGAGAACUUGACCAAGUAUUUGAAGCAGACGUCCCGCAUUGCUCUUGCGCCUUUACGGCUGUCCACCUUGACCAUUUCUCAGUCUUUGCCGGUCCUCAGCACUCUGCAGCUAUACUGUUCGUCCGCUUUGGAAAACACGGUCUCGAGCCGGCUGUCCUCCGAGGAUUGCCUCAUUCCCUUGUUCAGCGAAGCCUUGCGUUCAUGUAAGCAACAUGAUGUAAGGCCGUGGAUGCACGCUUUAAGAUACACCAUGUUCCAAAAUCAGUUACUGGAGAAGCUGAAAGAGCAGAGUAUUCCAGUUAAAAGCCAUUUAAUGGAACUGGGGCUGACUGCUGCAAAAUUUGCUAGGAAACGUGGGAACGUGGCCCUGGCGACGCGACUGCUUGCCCAGUGUAGUGAAAUUCAGCUAGGGAAAACCACCACAGCCCAGGAUUUAGUCCACCACUUUAAGAAGCAGCCGGCACCGAUUCAGAUGGAUGAAAAAUGGGGCCCUGAGCUUGAAAUAGAAAAGACCAAACUCUUAUACACAGCUGGCCAGUCCACCCACGCCAUGGAAAUGCUGAGCUCCUGCGCCAUAUGCUUCUGCAAAUCUGCCAAAGCCGAAAGUGCUGUGGCCAAGUCCAUUCUGACCUUAGCCAAGUGGAUCCAAGCCGAGUGGAAGGAAAUUUCAGGACAGUUGAAACAAGUGUACCGGGCGCGACAGCAACAAAAUCUUGCGGGCCUUUCCAUGCUAUCCAGAAACAUCUACACCUUGAUUGAUCUGCCAUCUGUUAACUCCAUGGACGAAGAGUAUCCGAGGAUUGAAAGUGAAUCCACAGUCAACAUCGGUGUUGGAGAACCUGAUUUCAUUUUGGGGCAGCUGUAUCGUCUCUCUUCAGCCCAGGCUCCCGAAGUAGCGAAAUCAUGGGCCGCUCUAGCUAGCUGGGCUUACAGAUGGGGCCGAAAGGUGGUUGACAAUGCCAGCCAAGGAGGUGUGCGCUUGCUGCCAAGAGAAAAAUCUGAGGUUCAAAGCCUACUUCCGGAAAAUAUUACAGAAGACGACAGAGAGAAAAUCUACAACAUUCUUGGACAGGCAGUCUGCCGGCCUGCUGGAAUUCAGGAUGAGGAUAUAACCCUUCAGAUUGCGGAGAAUGAAGACAACGAGGAAGACGAUAUGGUGGACGUGAUCUGGCGCCAGUUGUUGACAAGUUGCCCCUGGCUCUUGGACCUGGAAGAGAACUCCACCGAGGGACUCAUCAAAGUGUGGAGGAAAGUUGUAGACAGGAUCUUCAGCCUUUAUAAGCUUUCCUGCAGUGCCUAUUUUACUUUCCUGAAACUUAAUGCUGGCCAGGUUCCUCUGGAUGAAGACGAUCCCAGAUUGCACCUCAGGAAUAUUUCGGAACAGAGCACUGAUGAUGUCAUCGUAAUGGCCACCUUGAGGUUGUUAAGGCUGCUUGUGAAACACGCCGGGGAACUGAGGCAGUAUCUCGAGCACGGACUGGAAACAACUCCUACAGCUCCAUGGCGAGGCAUAAUUCCUCAACUCUUCUCACGUCUAAAUCACCCGGAAGUGUAUGUUCGACAGAGCAUUUGCAACCUUCUCUGCCGAGUUGCCCAAGAUUCUCCUCACCUCAUCCUGUACCCUGCAAUUGUUGGCACUAUUUCUCUGAGCAGCGAAUCUCAAGCCUCAGGGAGCAAAUUCCCCUCGGCAAUCCCUACCUUUUUGGGCAACAUUCAAGGAGAAGAACUGCUGGGCAGCGAGUGUGAUGGGGCAAGCCCUCCAGCUUCUCAAGAGAGCCUAAAGGAUGAGGCCAAACUGGGCUUAAAUGAAGACCAGGCAAUGAUGCAAGACUGCUACAGCAAAAUUGUCGAGAAGCUGUCAGCUGCAAACCCAACAAUGGUGUUACAGGUUCAAAUGCUUGUAGCCGAGCUGCGCCGAGUCACCGUUCUCUGGGACGAACUUUGGCUGGGUGUCCUUUUGCAGCAACACAUGUAUGUCCUCAGGCGGAUUCAACAACUGGAAGAUGAAGUGAAGAGAGUCCAGAAUAACAACACCUUACGCAAAGAAGAAAAAAUAGCCAUCAUGCGCGAAAAGCACACAGCCUUAAUGAAACCCAUCGUGUUUGCUCUGGAACACGUGCAGAGCAUCACGGCAGCUCCCACCGAAACGCCCCACGAGAAGUGGUUUCAGGAUAAUUACGGGGAUGCCAUCGAAAAUGCCUUGGAAAAGCUAAAGAACCCUUCAAAUCCCGCAAAGCCGGGAAGCAGCUGGAUCCCUUUCAAAGAGGUGAUGCUCAACCUUCAACAAAGAGCCCAGAAGCGGGCCAGCUACAUUUUGCGCCUAGAGGAGAUCAGCCCCUGGCUGGCUGCCAUGACCAACACAGAGAUAGCUCUCCCCGGAGAAGUGUCUGCCAGAGACACCGUCACCAUACACAGCGUAGGAAGCACCAUCACCAUUCUGCCCACCAAAACCAAACCGAAGAAGCUCCUGUUUCUGGGCUCUGAUGGGAAAAACUACCCGUAUCUUUUCAAAGGCCUUGAAGACUUGCAUCUGGACGAACGCAUCAUGCAGUUCCUGUCCAUCGUCAACACCAUGUUUGCUACGAUCAAUCGCCAAGAGACGCCUCGUUUCCAUGCCAGGCAUUACUCGGUGACUCCCUUGGGAACAAGAUCAGGCCUGAUUCAGUGGGUGGAUGGAGCCACACCUUUGUUUGGGCUCUACAAAAGGUGGCAGCAGCGGGAAGCGGCGUUGCAAGCCCAGAAGGAUUCUUAUCAGGCCCCACAGAACCCAGGAAUCGUACCCAGGCCCAGCGAACUCUAUUACAGUAAAAUUGGACCAGCCUUGAAAGCAGUCGGACUUAGUCUGGACGUCUCCCGUCGAGACUGGCCCCUGAAUGUCAUGAAGUCUGUUUUGGAAGAAUUAAUGGAAGCCACACCACCCAGCCUUCUAGCUAAAGAGCUUUGGUCGUCAUGUGCCACACCUGAUGAAUGGUGGAGAGUGACCCAGUCGUACGCACGGUCGACUGCAGUGAUGUCCAUGGUUGGCUACAUCAUCGGUCUGGGAGACAGGCAUCUGGAUAACGUGCUGAUCGACAUGACGACCGGAGAAGUUGUGCACAUUGAUUACAACGUUUGCUUUGAAAAAGGGAAGAGCCUGCGAGUGCCAGAGAAAGUCCCCUUCCGGAUGACCCAAAACAUUGAAACUGCCUUCGGAGUAACAAAAGUGGAAGGGGUUUUCAGGCUUUCUUGCGAACAGGUCCUGCACAUCAUGCGCCGAGGACGGGAAACUCUGCUGACGUUACUCGAAGCUUUUGUCUAUGACCCGCUCGUCGACUGGACCGCAGGUGGCGAAGCAGGGUUUGCUGGUGCUGUGUAUGGCGGCGGGGGGCAGCAAGCAGAGAACAAGCAGAGCAAAAGAGAAAUGGAGAGGGACAUCACCCGCAGCCUCUUCUCCUCGAGAGUCGCAGAAAUAAAGGUCAACUGGUUUAAGAACAGAGACGAAAUGCUGACUGUCAUUCCUAAACUAGAUAGCAGUUUAGGGGAAUAUUUACAUUUGCAAGAGCAGCUGACAGAUAUUGAAAAAUUACAAGGCAAACUAUUAGAAGAGAGUGAUUAUCUGGAAAGUGCCGAAGGAGUUGAGCAUCCAUCUCACACACUGCAGCACAGAUAUUCUGAGCAUACCCAGCUGCAGUCUCAGCAGAGAGCAGUGCAGGAAGCAGUCCAGGUGAAACUGAACGAAUUUGAGCAGUGGAUCUCGCACUACCAAGCUGCAUUUAGCAAUCUGGAAGCUACUCAACUUGCAAGCCUGCUUCAGGAGAUCAGCACUCAAAUGGAUCUUGGUCCUCCAAGCUACGUGCCUGCCACUGCCUUUCUCCAGAACGCGGGCCAGGCCCACUUGAUCAGCCAGUGUGAACAACUUGAAGGAGAGGUUGGUGCUUUUCUCCAGCAGAGGCGCUCAGUUCUGCGCGGCUGUCUGGAACAGCUGCACAACUACGCCACCGUCGCGCUGCAGUAUCCCAAAACAGUGUUCCAGAAGCACCGUGUCGAGCAGUGGAAGGUCUGGAUGGAAGACCUCAUUGUAAACAUGACCAUCGACCGUUGCCAGGAUCUCUACCGGAAGUAUGAAAUACAGUAUGCCCCUCAACCUCCUCCGGCGGUGUGUCAGUUUAUCAGUACGACGGAAAUGACUUUGCAACGCUACGCGGCAGAUAUCAACAGCCGGCUGAUCCGGCAAGUAGAACGGUUGAAGCAGGAAGCUGUCACGGUUCCAGUGUGCGAAGAGCAGCUAAAGGAAAUUGAGCGUUGCAUUAAAGUCUUCCUCCACGAAAACGGAGAAGAAGGUUCCCUGAGCUUAGCGAGCGUCAUCAUUUCUGCCCUCUGCAGCCUUACCAGGCGUAAUUUAAUGAUGGAAGGGGCCGCAUCCAGUGCCGGAGAACAGCUUGUGGAUCUGACGUCCCGCGACGGAGCCUGGUUCUUGGAGGAACUCUGUAGCAUGAGUGGCAACGUCACUUGUCUUGUCCAGCUACUCAAACAGUGUCACCUGACCCCUCAGGAUUUAGAUAUUCCUAACCCUGUUGAAGCAUCAGAAGCUAUUCACCUCGCUAAUGGAGUUUACAUCUCCCUUCAGGAACUGAAUUCAAACUUCCGUCAGAUCAUCUUUCCCGAGGCUCUUAGGUGCUUAAUGAAAGGGGAAUAUACCUUGGAAAGUAUGCUGAAUGAGCUUGAUACCCUCAUUGAGCAAAUAACCGAUGUUCCUUUGCAAAACCUGGUGGAAUCUCUCCAGUCUUACUUAAGGAACGCAGCCAUGGGUCUGGAGGAAGAAACACAUUCUCACUACAUUGACGUGGCAAGGAUGCUUCAUGCCCAGUACGGCGAACUGAUUCAACCCAGAAAUGGCUCCGUUGAUGAAACCCCGAAAAUGUCAGCAGGCCAGAUGUUACUGGUAGCAUUUGAUGGAAUGUUCGCCCAAGUGGAAACGGCAUUUGGCUUAUUGGUUGAAAAGCUAAACAAGAUGGAAAUUCCUGCCGCCUGGCGCAAGAUUGAUAUCAUCAGGGAAGCCCGCAGCACUCAAGCCAACUUUUUUGAUGAUGAUAACAAUCGGCAAGUCUUAGAAGAGAUUUUCUUUUUGAAAAGGCUGCAGACAAUAAAGGAGUUUUUCAGACUCUGUGGCACUUUUUCUAAGACUCUUUCAGGUAUCAAUUCAAUGGAAGAUCAAACCACCGUGAAUGGACCAGUGCCCAUGGUCAAUGUGAAAACCUUGUAUCGGAAUUCUUGCUUCAGCGAAGACCAGAUGGCCAAGCCAAUCAAAGCUUUCACCGCUGACUUCGUCCGCCAGCUUUUAAUUGGCCUCCCCAAUCAGGCUUUGGGACUCACCCUGUGCAGCUUCAUUAGCGCCCUGGGGGUGGACAUCAUCGCUCAAGUCGAAGCCAAGGACUUCGGAGCCGAAAGCAAAGUCUCGGUGGAUGACCUGUGUAAGAAAGCCGUGGAACACAAUAUCCAGAUCGGCAAAUACUCGCAGCUGGUUAUGAACAGAGCCACCGUCCUGGCUAGUUCGUAUGACACGGCGUGGAAGAAGCAUGACUUGGUUAGGAGGCUGGAGACCAGCAUUUCUUCAUGCAAGACCAGUCUCCAGAGAGUUCAGCUGCACAUUGCCAUGUUCCAGUGGCAGCAUGAGGAUCUUCUCCUCAACCGCCCACAAGCCAUGACAGUCACUCCUCCACCUCGUUCUGCCAUUUUGGCCAGCAUGAAAAAGAAACUCCAUACGCUGGGACAGAUUGAAGCUUCCAUUGCAGCAGUUCAGGAAAAACUGGCUGCCCUUGAAGCAAGCAUAGAGCAACGUUUGAAAUGGGCCGGCGGGGCCAAUCCAGCAUUAGCUCCAGUUCUGCAGGAUUUUGAUGCCACGAUUGCUGAAAGAAGAAAUCUUGUUCUUAAAGAGAGUCAAAGAGCCAACCAGGUCACUUUCCUCUGUAGUAACAUCAUUCAUUUUGAAAGCUUGCGUACCAGAACAGCAGAAGCCUUAAACCUCGAUGCUGCUUUGUUUGAACUUAUCAAGCGUUGCCAACAAAUGUGCUCCUUUGCAUCCCAGUUUAAUAGCACCGUUUCUGAUCUGGAGCUCCGAUUGCUUCACAGAGUGGGUACCAAUCAAGACCAUCCCAUUGGUAGCUCUGAAUGGCUGGUCAUAGCUCACAAGCAGCUGACCCAGGACACAUCGGCUCAGAGGACAGCACAGGCCGAGAAAGAACAGCAUAUAGACACUGUGUGUGAAACCAUUCAAAAUCUGGUUGAUAGUAUUAAAACUGUGCUCACUGGGCACAAUCGACAACUUGGGGAUGUCAAACAUCUGCUGAAAGCCAUGGCUAAGGAUGAAGAAGCUGCUCUGGCUGAUGGUGAAGAUGUUCCUUAUGAGAACAGUGUUAGACAAUUCUUGGGAGAAUAUAAAUUAUGGCAAGACAAUAUUCAGACUGUUUUGUUUACACUAGUUCAGGCUAUGGGUCAGGUGCGCAGUCAGGAACAUAUUGAAAUGCUGCAAGAAAUUACGCCCACUCUGAAAGAGCUGAGAACUCAGAGCCAAAGUGUCUACAAUAAUCUAGUGAGUUUUGCAUCGCCCUUAAUCACGGAUACACCGAAUGAAUGCUCCAGCCCGACGUCUGUUGCUGUGUGCCAGCCAACAUUUGCCGCAGGUAAAAUUGGGAGCAGAUUUGAACUCCCAAUUCCCCUGAUCCCGAGCAUCAGGGCCGCGGUCCGUAGCAAUACGGGGCAGAAAACCCAGCCAGAGAUCAUGUCGCAGAAUACAAGAAAACUAAUUCAGAAAAACCUGGCGCCGUCGGCAGAUACUCCUCCAGGCACGAUUGCAGGAGCUGGGAAGAGUGUUAUCUCUAGCCCUAAAAAGGCCAUCAGAGACCCUAAAACAGGCAAAGCUGUGCAAGAGCGAAAUUCGUAUGCUGUAAGCGUGUGGAAACGUGUCAAAGCCAAGUUGGAAGGCCGGGAUCUGGAUCCCAACAGGAGAAUGUCUGUUGCUGAACAGGUUGACUAUGUGAUUAAGGAAGCCACUAAUCUAGAUAACUUGGCUCAGCUGUAUGAAGGUUGGACAGCCUGGGUAUGAACAGGAAGAGUUCGGGUCAGUUUGGUUCAGCGAGGCGAGCGGCAUCCAUCAGAAUCAACCGGGCCUCAAGGCAUCCAUAGCAGCACCCACAGCUGGUGGUAACGCCUUUCUGGGGCUUACUGUGAGGAGACCUCAGCAAUCUCGGUGCACUGGGAACGUCAGCCCUGCAGAGUAGCUGCACUCAGGGAUAUGCUAAACACAAUGGCCUGGAAACUCCCCCCUCCCUCUCUCUCUCUCCUCUCCCACCCCCUCCAGGGUCAAGAGUGUGGAAGCUCAUCGCCUGAACACGCAGGGCCGUCUUUCUGCUCCAGAAGAACUGCAAAGGUGUCUAGGGUUUUGGGGAGGGACUAAGCCUGCAGAAAAGGGAAUUUGGGAAACGCUUACAGACCGCAGAGUGAUUUGGAACUCAGUUCCACCUGACCCUGUGAACAUUGCAGGAAAAAAACGAUGACGACGACGACAACAAGCGCGCACCCCCCCUCCCCCUCCACCCCGGGAAAAAAAAAAUAAAAAAGGAAGGAGGGCAGGGCGUGAAGAAACUGCAGCAAAGGAAGAUAUUUGAGAGAUUGAGUUCCUUGUCGCUCUUAGUUGCUCAGCAACGGCGCUGGUUGAGUCGACCAGUUGGUGCAAAACGAAUAAAUAAAUAAAUAAAAAAGGAGGAAAAAAAAAACAGCUACAUGAGAUGAACUUCAGAAAUAGACUGAAAUGCAAAAAAAAAAAAAAAGCUGUACAUCAGCCGUAUUGGAAGAACCCUCUUCUCAAAGAGAGCCUUUUGUCUUUUUUUUCUUUUUUACGAGUUCUUUUUUCCUCCCCUCGUUUCUUCUCUUUAACUUAGUCCAGUUAUUUUUUCUUUUUCUUUUUUUCCAGAGAAGUGUUGAUUUCAAAUCCUUGGUAAUUCACUCUUUCAGUCAAAGGGAUCUUACUGUGUGUUUUUUUUUUGUUUUUUUGGGGCGAGCCAAAUUUCCAAAAAAUAAAAAAAAAAUAAAAAAGCACAGGGAAUGCUGAACAUUUAAAAGCCAUUGCCUUCUGAAUGGGCUGAUCCAAUGCCAUUUUUGGGGGGGCGGAGGGGAGAGGUGUUGGUUUUUAAAGCGAGGAGUCUUUUUUUUUUCUCCUGCUUUCCUUUUGGUGAUCCUAUCAUGUACAGUUUCCCCGGAUUCACUGUGCAUUUCAAAUAAUACACUGAACAGGCAUCCGAUGACCAUCUGCUCCUCUUCCUGCUUUGUUUAAUUCAGUCCUCGGCCUGCCUACCGAGCUCAUUCUGUUGUGAUUUGCUGUAGUUUCUUUUGUAACGUAGCUACUCCGAUGUAACUUUUUAACUUUUUGCAACGAGGAAGGGGGGGGGUGGAAAAAACAAAAACAAAACCCGAAAGCAACUACAAUAUCUUAAGUAGCCUUUUAUGUUGUUGAUGACAGAAUAAAAAAAAUAAUCAAUAAAAGUGAAGUUUUAGCGCAGGUAGUUUUAUGCUGAUUCACUUUGAAUUUUUGAUUUACACAUGGACGUAGAGUGUUUUCGGUUCGAUCUGGGGAUUUAAAGGCAGACUUAUAAACUGGACUUUGUGGGCAGGGGGGAGGGAGGGAGGCGGGUUCUUUUGUUCAGAUAAAACCGUAUAAAGAUUUUUGUGUGGCGUUAUUUUUCCAUAUAAGAUUUCUGAGAGGUGGUGUUCUGUAUAAUAGAUUUCAUAGUGGGUUUCCCCCCCCCAACCCGUUUUCCUAAAUCUACCGUGCACUUUUGAAUGGUGGGUGUGAGAGACGUUGCUUAUUUUAAAAAGGCACUUUAAACCAGUCUGUUCCCAUACAUCUUCAGUGUUUUUGCUUGGCUGUGAAAUAAAAAAAAUUUGUUACUCACGAGCUGGUUUUAGUGUUGCCUAAGGAAAAAAAGAAUCAGGUUGCUUCCUGAUUCGCUUAUUGGUGGUGUCUGUGGACUUGACACGGGAAGGGCUCACACCCUUCCUCCCCCUCCCCGGCCCCCCCAACCUCUGUAUGUGAACUUAAUCUAAUUUGAAAGAGCAAAUCAAGAUUCUGCACAUAGUCUCUGUAGUAUUUUGAAGAUUUAAAAAAAAGCUUCAUGGGAGGAGAAAAUAUUCCUGUACAGUAAUGCCCACCUAUUCAUCAAAGGUGAUGCUUAGGCCUCUCUUUUAAAAACAGCCUAUGACAUAAAUAAGGAGUUUUUUUUUUUUUUUAAAGAGAUCAUUACCAGUAUUUUAUAAUGUAGAAAAUCUUUUGGCUUCGUUAGGGCUAUCUGAUAAAGAAUUGACUUGAUGCUGUUAUGGAGAAAAACCUUUCGACCUCCUCAAAAUAUCUGAUUAAAGAUUGACUUGAUGCUGUUAUCUAUUUUUCAUAUAGGUUUUUUGUCUUUAAUUUUUUUUUGGUAACUUGCCCUGAGUUGUCGUGUGUGCAACUGCCAACAUAUUUGCUAAUGCUUGUGAGUAAAUGUAUUUGGGUCCGAUACUCUUAACCCCUUUGCCACGUUUUGCAAAAAUGAAAAGACUGAAUUUCUCUUAAAAAGCCGAGUCGGAAUUCAUCCAGCUGGUGACUGCAAGUGUUGUUAUCCUUCCCAGCAUGGAGCCUCAUUAACCAGCAGUCUGCGUAUGGACAACAGUUGGGAUAAGAGGAUUACAUAUUUUAUUUCUUGGAAGCUGUGAGUGGAACAGGCCACUUACACCCGUAUUUCAUGUAUGCGUAUACUUUUGUUCAAAAAUGAAACUUGUACCGAAUGGGAUCUUUACUGCAUAAUGUAAUAAAAAUUAAAAAAAAAUCUA